AUGAACGACAGUAGUAUUAAUAGAAACGAGAUUGGUGUUACUGCUUCACACAUAUGUCAACAUCAACCAUGUAUCUGUGAAAGAUCUACUCGGACUAAUCAAUUCCUACAGUUGUUGAAUCGCUUGACAAUAGCAUCAACAGCAACAGAUUAUGAGGAACAAAUUUCUGCUACUGUAGCAACAAUUUGUGCAGAUGAGAUAUUGGUAUCACCGCUACGACUACUAUGGCCAAACGAAUUCGAUGAACUCAAACACACUAUAGAUACUAUAGCCCAGCAAUACCUGAAACAAGCUAGCAAAAAUGUUCAGCAUUUAAUUCCUCUCAGCAGUCUCGGCGACGGCAACUGUUUGUUCAAUUCGGUUGUGUCUCUUGUACCUGACUCUGGAGCAUCUGCUGUUGAAUUGAGAGUGCGAACAAUAAUUGAGUUGGUCAAAAAUAGAACUUACUAUGAUAAUCAAUUUAGCCAUUUAGUUGGUCCUUUUAAUGAAGCAAUUCGAAGAACAUGCAAUAAUUAUAGUUUUUCUGAACUCUAUGAAGUUGUCGCACUUGGCAAUGCAUUACGGUGCGAGGUACAAAGCGUUUAUCCAUAUAUCGAUUAUCGUGUUGAAAUGAAGAUAAUGAAUGCAGUGUACACACCAUUGGACACAUCUGUUUCAAAUAAUGGACGAUUAAUUAUCUUUUGGACUAACAGUGAAGAUGAAGUUACAACAAAAUGUCGUCCUGGUAGUGGUGGUGUCUGGAGUCCGAAUCACUUCGUGCCACUCAUACGACCUUGUGAGACACCAGAGAGCCCACGAAAGACAACGAUUAAGAACAACAAAGUGGCAUCUAUCAGAAGUCCCGAAUUUUCACCGCCUCCUAAUGCUAGAAAGCAUAGAACUUCAUUUUCAUCAAUUGAGGAGUCAUUAUCAAAUCUGGAAACCAACGAUGCUCGACGAAAGCGUCAAGAGAGAAGUAUCGAAAAUGAACAGCAGCGAGAAGAGCGUCUUACUGCUGAUAGACUGCGCAAACGUAAUGCUAAACAAAAUGAAAGUGAAGAUCAACGACAAAUACGUCUUGUCGCCAAUCGGCUAUCGCAACGUAAUGCUCGAGAAAAUAAAAGUAAAGAUCAACGACAAAUACGUCUUGCCACCGAUCGGCUAUCGAAACAUAUCGCUACAGAAAAUGAAAGCGAAGAUCAACGACAAAUACGCCUUGCCGCCAAUCGGCUGUCGCAACGUAAUGCUAUAGAAAACGAAAGCGAAGAUCAACAACAAAUACGUCUUGCCACCAAUCGACUAUCGCAACGUGAUGCUCGAGACAAUGAAAGUGAAAAUCAGCGAAGGCUACGUCUGUCUGACCAACAGAAACGAUCCGCUAGAAAAAAAUUAUGUAGAAGUGCACAAAGAAGUAGGCUUCUAACGAGUGGACAACGUCAGUCAGAUACAAUAAGAUCAGUGGGUCGACAGGGAUCCAGAAGAAAAUCAACUGAUGUUAUUAAUCUGCAACGUCAACAGCAAUUAUUAGAAAAGAAACAGCAAGUUUUGCUCGACCAAUAUGUCUGGCCAACGGCAAUUCCAACACAAUUAAAAAACUACUGUUUGCAAGAUUUUUCUAAUCAUAUGUCCAUGUCAGUGUUACGACAAUCUACAUGUAUCGUUUGUAAUAUUCGAACAUUUGCUAACACAAUGAAAGUACAUGCUCUACAAGAUAUUCUGAACGUGGACAAAUUAUCCUCUCCUACAGAUCUCAUAAACAUUACUUCUAAAGCUCAGCAAGUAGCGCAAGGAGAGAUAGAUGAACAUUCAAAUAUUUUCUCUUUAUCGAAUGCGGUCUUCUACAAGAAAGGAUACAACAUAACUGAGAAAACUGGCAAUAUCUGUCAACAAUGUUACAGCGCACUAUCGAAAGAUAAGAUUCCAAUGUUCUCUGUAGCGAACAAGAUGUGGAUUGGCGAUGUGCCGCUUGAACUUCAACAAUUGACAAUUGCUGAGGAAAAACUUAUCUCUCUUUAUCGACACAGCAGCUGUGUUAUCAAGUUACAAUCACCCUUUCAUCAUCAUUCGACUGCUCAAGCUGCACUCAAGGGUAAUAUGAUCACAUUCAUGCACAACAUGCCAAAUAUUGUGACAAGUCUACCAUUGGAUGCUGAAGAUCUUUCUGACACACUCAAAAUUGUGUUUAUCGGUGCGCACACGCCAGAUCGCGUUCAACUGCGUAGGAUCUGUGGUGUUAGACGUCAAAACAUUCGCAACGCUCUAAUUUGGCUAAAAAACCACAACUAUAUGUAUCGAAUGAUUCCUAUAAACGAAGUCAAUAUUGCAAAAAUACCUGAAGACGACGUUCCCGAAAGUAUCUGGACAACACUGGAAAGGAUAGAAAAUGCUAAUGAUGGGAAUGCAGAACGAGCUGGAUUUACUGUUGAUCCGUUGACACACGCCACAGCCCAAGGUGAAUCUAACGUAACAAAUAUUUGUCCGAUGAGUACUAGUGCCGUACUGGAUGUCAAUGGAACAACUAUCUCUCCAGAAUAUAUUGGUGUACAUUUGCUUCACAAAGUUAGCAAUAAUUUAUCUAACUUGCCGUCUGACUCACUAGAGAAAUCUGCUGAGGAUGAAGACAAUGUGUAUAUGAUUCCUAGAUCUCAUAUGCCAAU